AUGACUCACCUGUCAGCGGUGGCAUUGCUGAUGCUGCACUUGCUCCUGGUGGUGCCCAUCCCGGCGUCCCAUUCACCCCUCACUCAGCCCCAACCCGUUGACAACUCCGAGGGGCUCAGCACACUGUCCAAACAUUUCGAGAGCCCCAUGGCCAGUCUAUCAUCGACCAGCAAUAUUCCCAGCUCCGACUUCGACAACUCCGCAUCCGGCAAUUCCACAAGGAUACUGCGUCGUGGCAAGCGUUAUCUACAAUUCAGCAAGGGAUCACGUAUGUCGUGGCGUACCAACGGCAAGAACAAUCUGUGGACAAUCAACACUCUGUGGGCCUACGGCUAUGGCUUCCGUACCAAUUACCCCUUUCCCUCCAUCGAGGAGCAGAAAAAGGAUAAUGCCGUCUUCUUCCGCCUGUUCAAGAGGGACCUCUUCUCCAAACUGGAGACCGCUCUGGAUGGCCACGGCUUUGAUGGUCGAGCUUGCAUGCUGAAGUCAUUCUGCACUGCCAUCAACGAUGUGGAUAAUCCCAAGCAAAAGAGCGGAAUGCUCUUCAAAAUGCUCAAAUUGAUAUUCCGUCGAGCGAAGAGAUAUUUGGAUAUUAUAGAGACCACUCGUAUAUUUGUGGGUAAAGCAAGGAGCACUAACUGAAAAAUUGCUUAUAUUAUAUUUAAUAUUAAACACCCCUUAAAGUUUCGCGUCAAUGCCAAAAACAAUGUGAUCAAAUCGCCGAUUGUGUGGGCCCAUGGCUAUGGCUUUCGGGCCAAUACGCCGGUGUUGGUCAAAAGGGAGAACCGACCCUUUCGCAGGGACACCUACGAGUUGCUCCACGAGCUGAUCGAUCGCAGUGGCCUGGAUGGACGAGCCUGUGUCCUGAAGGCCUACUGCACCGCCCUGGCCGGGGAUCAUGGUCAGGGAUUUUUGUUUAAGCUCUUGAAAUACGUAUUUACCCUGGAUGAGCACGACAAGCGGCACAUGCCGCAUCUGCGGGAGGAGAACUGCGAGCAAAUCAUGCACAGCCAUUGUCCUUUGAGCUUCGACAGCAUAUCCCCAUACACGGAUGAUGUGUAG